CUCAUAGUUCUCUGUAUAGCUGAUUAAUUUUUUAAAAAAAUCAUUUUAUUAGGUAUUCGCGUUUGAAGUGUUGAGUUGAUUUGUUUAAAAAAAAUUAAUUAAAAGUACAGAAAAAUGACAGUAAAAAUCUAUAUAAGCCUAACAAGUGGCCUUAAAGAGGUCAAGAAAAGGCAGCAGAAAAUCCUUAUGAUCCUCGACAGUAAAAACAUCAAAUAUGAUAUUGUCGACAUUUCGGAACCUGGAAAGGAGGAAGAAAAGGAUUACAUGCAAACACACUCAACAAGUAAAGGAGGAACCGCUUCAGACCCAAACCCUCGCCAUCCACUUCCACCACAAGUCUUUUACGACAGCGAGUACUGCGGUGACUUUGAGCAAUUUGAACUCGCGAAUGAAAUAGACAACUUAGAGGAUUUCCUGAAACUGCCUGAAGAGGAACGACCUCAAGUUCACAAAUCUACACUCGACACCUCAAAAAUUGAUGAGAAUCAUCCAAAUGGGAAAGUAAUUGAGGACGAAGAAGUAGAAAAGCCGACGGAUGAAGACAAAGAAAACAAGACUGAUGAUCAGGAGGAAAGUACGAAAAUCGAUGAAUCAGUUGAAAACGAAGGCGUAAGUGAAAGUCAGGAAAAUGAAACCAAAACAGAGGAAUUAGGUGAUGAAAAUGAGGGUAGAGAUGUGAAAAUUGUUGAAGAAGUUAAAGAAAUAGUUGACAAGCUUGAAACUACAGAAUCAGAAACUAUCCCAGAAGAAAAGUCAAUGGAAACUGAAGACACCGACAAAACUGAGAAUAUAGUACCAGAAGAGACACAACAGCAAGAAAAUGUAGAUGAAAAAACAACAGAAAACAUUAAGGAACCAGAAAACACAGUUCAAGAAGAAACAAUUGAAAAAUCAGAAGCUAUAGAACCAGCAGUAAGCGAGCAAGAAAUAUCUCAAGAAGAAAAAUCAGUCACUGAAGAACCAGAGCCAGGAAAUGUACAAGAACUUGAAGCUAAGUCAGAAGUAUCAACACAGGAAAAUACUCAACCUGAAAAUAUUGAAGAAGAUAUUGCAAAGGAACCUGAAUCAGUUCAAAAAGAAAAGUCUACCACCGAGUCUAUUGAAAAAACUGAUCCUGCAGAAUCAACAGAACAAGACAGUCAAGAAAAUGAUCAAGCAGCUUCAAUUGAGCAGGAAAAUACUCAAAAAGAUUUAUCAGAACAAGAAAAUGCUCAAGUAGAAUCAUCUGACAAAGAAAUCGCAAAUGACUCAGACCAAAAACCACUCGAAGAAUCUCAAACAGAAACCAAAGAAGAAAAUCUUGAACCAGAAAAAUCUGAGAUCGUAGUUAAAAGCCCAGAGGAUGAAAUUGUUCGUGAUGUCGUGGAAGAUGGAGAGUUUGGUGAUGGUAUUGUACAAGAAAAUGCAGCAAAGAAAGAGACACUCGUUGAUAGUAAACCAUUGAGUGCUCAAGAAUCGAUUGCUGAAGAAGAAGAGGACGAACUAGAGAUCGAAGAAAAGAAGCAAAAUACAGAAUUGCCAGCAACGGCACCAAAAGAGUUAACAGAAUCGGAGAAAUUAAUUCUAAGCGAGCAACAGGGUCAAUAAAAAUUCACUUCCAUGACAAUUUUAAUUACUCGAAUGAACAAAAAAAAAUCAUUGUAUAUUUUAAAAGAAUUAACUAAUGUCAAAAAAGAAAACACGACACAAACUAUUUUUUUCGUUAUUAAUUUAAACUUUUCAUAAUUUUUCUUCUCUAUUUUCAAUGCCAUUUAAUUUAAUUGUUUUUUUAUGCAGUCAGAUUACACACACCGAAGAAAUUCUACAUUGUAUUGUGUAUUCUGCUGAACAAUUAUGACACUAAAAAUAAUUUA